AUGUGGUCUAACUUCUUCGUCCAGCAGGAUGAGGACGGACGCAUUGGGGUGGCUGGGGCUGGACAAGCUGGUGGUUUGGGAGGAAUUAAGGGUGCAAGAGGACAGAGGAGAACCCAGAGGAUGAGUGACAGCCAGGAGGGGAAGAUAAAGCUGGCCUUUUUUGUGUCCAUCAUCGGCGUGACCCUGACAGUGUUGGGCAUGGGGACAGAGUUUUGGGUUGAGCUGGCCCAACCGAAGAAUUUCAGUGGCAACCAGACCUGCCAGAUGGCCCAUUAUGGCCUGUGGAAGGGCUGCAUCCGCACCCUGUGGGUGGCUGACAUAGACCCGGAGAGGACAAGCUGCGGCCCAGCUGAACUACCUGGAGACUCCAACUGCACCUACUUCAAAUUCUUCACCUCUGGGGAGAAUGCAGUCAUAUUCAAGAAGACAACAAACAAAAAUCUGAAUUUAGCUUCAGCUAUUUUGGCCCUGUUGAGCCUGACUAUGAUGGUAAUGGGCUCCAUCUGUAUCGCCAUGUCACUCAGCAAAGGAGUGCCGUUCUUUCUCAAACCGGCUUCCUUCUGCUUCAUCCUGUCAGGAGUGCUGGUCCUCUUCUCUGUCCUGGUAUUCCAUCAGUCAGUGCUGGCCCUGCUGUCCAGUGAUCACUCUGUCCCUUUACACCACGAGCUGUCCUGGUCUGUAGCCUGUGUGGGCUCAGCAGGAGGAAUACUUAUCCUUGGAGGUUUCCUCUUCAUUCUCCUCUCCCUACCCUUCAGCCCCUGGCAGAAAUGCUUGCCACACAAGAAUAGCGCCACCUAGCACACAAUGAUAAAGUAUUCAUACAGUAUUGCUGAUGUCUUGUGUAAAAGUAAAAAGUAAAGUCUGUAUUCUGAGGGCUGUGACUCGCUUGCUCUUGGCAUUUACUUUGUCAGAUACAAUGUCUUAAUCUAAAGUUUGAGCAGAGGCCAACAAACACU